AUGGCAGAACACGGUCCAAUUGGCUAUGGCCUCAUGGGCUUAACUCCCCAUCAUGGCGGCAUCCCGGAGGAACAAGCCUUCGAAGCCAUGAGAGCCGCCGUCGAGGCUGGUUGCACAGUCUGGAAUGGAGGUAUCUUCUACGGGACGCCCGAGAAUAACUCUCUAACCCUGCUCCGAAAAUACUUUGAGAAAUACCCCGAGGACGCUCCAAAGGUUGAGAUCAAUAUCAAGGGCUGCACGGUUCCCGGUAAGAUUGAGCCAGAUGGAAGCAAGGAAGCCGUGUUCCGCGAUGUUCAACGAGCUAUCGAGCUGCUUCCACCCCACAUCAAGAAGAUCGACAUGUUCGAACCGGCCAGAGUCGACAAGAACGUGCCCCUUGAAGAGACGAUCAAUGCCCUCAAGGAGUGCCAGGAUAAGGGAUGGAUUGGAGGAGUGGCCUUGAGUGAAGCCAGCGCCGACACCAUCAGAAAAGCCAGUAAAAUCGUUAAGGUGGCUGCGGUCGAGACCGAGGUCGGUCUGUUUACCACCGAGGCUCUUACGAAUGGUGUCGCGGUGGCUUGUGCCGAGUUGGGCAUUCCUAUCCACGCAUACGGAACUCUAGGGCAUGGGUUCCUAACCGGGACAAUCAAGUCCUACGAUGAUCUCAAAGAAGGCGAUUUCCGACGUAUUUUCCCACGGUUCUACCCAGAAAAUUUCGACAACAACCUCAAGCUCGUCAAGGAGGUGGCUGACCUGGCAGAAAGAAAGGGGUGCACCAAUGCGCAAAUCGCCAUCGGAUGGGUGGUCGCCAUCUCCAAGUCGGAGGGCAUGCCCAAGAUUGUCCCGAUCCCCGGUGCUGCCACGGCGGAGAGGGUGCGAGAGAAUGCGGGGGCAGUGGAGCUGACCGAGCAAGAUAUGGAUGAGAUCAACCGUAUUCUUGCGCGGUGUGUUGUCAAGGGCGAGAGGUAUCCCGUUCCUUUCCUGAAGCUUCUGGAUGGUUGA